AUGUCUUUAGGGACUCGUAUUGCUCCGUCUGCGGCAAAGUUACGCUGCCUGCGGUCCGGCCUCUCUCCUAGCUGUCGAAAAGAUCCGUCUUACAAUAAAAAGAAAAGCUCUAGGACUACAGCAGGUAAACCAGUAAAGCGCAAGAAUCACAGACUUACUCCUAUCAUCGAAUUGUCGUAUGGUGCACGCAGCGCCCGUCUUCUCUAA